AUGGAAAAACAGCGAAGUACAACUGCCAGCUCUGGCCGAGGAGGGAAGGCCCCAGCGAUGCCACCGGUGUCAUCGCAAACGGGGGCCCCUGGACCCCCGGGGAAGAGAGACAGGAGACCUAGCAUGUUUGAGAAGGAGUCAUAUGCACAAAUCUUACGAGAAAGACUCAGAGAAUCUGUACAUGAUGUUCUAUAUGUCGAACCUCCAUUUGAUGACGCAAUUGCUGAUAUAGGUAAAGAUCAAUGGAAGGCCAUGGCAGGAAAAGUAAAAUAUGCUAACACAUAUAGAAUGGAGCCAUUACAGAAAUUCCAAGCUCAGAAAGUACAAAGAAAAGUUCAACAGAUACUAACGGACAAACUUCAAAAGAUCAAGUAUAAUGAAGAAACGUUUUCUUCUUUGUCUAUUGAACUGGCAGAUCAAAUAUUAGCAGCUGUUAAAGAAUUUCCUUUUACUCGAUAUAAAUAUAUUGUAAAAAUAAUACUCAUUCAAAAAACCGGUCAGUCUAUAAAUGUUUCUAGCAGAUGGAUUUGGGAUGUUGCUUGGGACACCUGGCUAGAAGCUAUACAUGAAGCUGAGUCUUAUGUUGCAUUGGCCUUAGUAUAUGCACUUUAUUGUGAAUAG